AGCAACGCGGGAGAAGUGCCAGCCAGCCCGGAUGCCGCUGCCUCGGGGCCUCCUGCUGCUGCUGUUCUUUGGGGCCACAGCCAUGGCUGCCCUGCCCCUGGAGGGUGGCCUCACUGGCCAAGACAGCAGGCAUAUGCAGGAAGCAGCAGAAACAAAGAAAAGCAGCCUUUUGACUUUCCUUGCUUGGUGGUAUGAGUGGACCUCCCAGGCCAGUGGCAGGCCCCUCACAGGAGGGGAAGCCUGGGAGGUGUCCAAACGGCAGGAAGGCCGGCCCCUUCAGCAGUCCACUCACCGAGAUAAAACGCCCUGCAAGAAUUUCUUCUGGAAGACCUUCUCCUCCUGCAAGUAAAACUCCACCCAUUACUCACGGAAACCGUGUAAUGAUGGACCUCAAUAAAAUGUGUUGAACAGCAGUGAUCUUCCUCUUUAGGGUAGUAUUUUCUCUUUCCCAUGUCAUUUGUAAAGUAUUU